AUGCAAGAUUACAAAUAUUUUAGCGAUGAUAAUCCAUACUGUGAUCCUCCUGAUGUAUUUGAGCUAUUUUAGUUUUAUAAUCAGUAUUUCUUUGAGGGGAUUUUAGUUACUUGCACUAUAAAAUGGAGUAAUAGAAUGACUUUAUGUGCAGGUAAUUAUAUCUAUAAAAGAUAGGUACUUGUAAAUAUGAGGGUUAAAAAUCAUGUACUAUUACACUUUCUGAACCACUUUUAAAAUUUCGUUCUAAUGAUGAAUUAAAAUCUACACUUUUGCAUGAGAUGAUUCAUGCCUACUUAUUUAUCACCAAACCUUCUGAGGCGUUUAUAAAUGAAGGUCAUGGGCCUGCAUUCCUAGAAAAAAUGAACACAAUCAAUUAAAUAACUGGAUUAUAAUUAAGUGUUUAUCAUCAAUUUCAUGACGAAGUUGAUAGAUGUAGAAAUCAUAUAUGGCGAUGUAAUGGUAUAUGCUAAUAAAAACCUCCUUUUUUUGGUUAUGUUAAAAGGGCUAUCAAUAGACCACCUGGUAAAACUGAUUAUUGGUUUUAAAAGCACUAAUAAGAAUGUGGAGGGAUUUUUGAAAAAAUUAGUUAACCAGAAAAAAAAUAAGUCCCAAAAAAAAUUUAGAAAAAGAAAAAAUCUAAUGAAAUAAUAAAAGAAGAAAAAAUGAUCAAAUUAUCCAAUUUCUUUUAAAAUGAACAAAUUUAUGCUAAAUUUUAAAUUAAUUAAAAAGAAAUAUUUGUAGAAUUCAUAAUGAUUCUCAAUUCAUUGUUGAAUUAUGAUAUAUUCAAUCAAAAAUUAGAAUAAAUUAUUUAAUGUUUAAGGCAAACAUAUAAGUAAAAUAUUGAAAGCUUCAAUAUUAAAAAAUUAAUUAAUAUUAAACAAAGCCUUGAAAAAUGUAAAAAUGUAACAAUUAUAAAAUCCACGAAAGAAAUUGGUGAGUAAAUGAAAAUUCUAUCAAUCACCGUACACACAAACCAAUCUCCACCUCAAAUGAGUAUAUUAGUAUAAUUAAAUAAAUUAUUGAAAUGA